UGUCAGCCUAGGAUCCGUUUUAGACCAACGUCAUUAGAUCGCAUUAACCUGCAUACCCAACUAUCCGUCUAUCAAGAUCCACAACUCCUUACCUACCUUAAUCAUCCUAAUCACACUCUCCUAAUUACGAAUCUACGAACCUAUCCAGCUCCUCGAAUUAUUCUGCCAGAUCCUCCAUCCGACGCCUCUCGGCAGGAGUUGCCCCGUCGAGCUGAUCGCGACCGUUUCCAUCUCCGUUCCCAUCAACCAAGCUCCUGUUCCCAAUAUGGAGGGUCUCAAAGCACUCUUCGUAAAACCAGAUCCCAAUGCUCAGAUGCGAAAAUGCAACGCCCUAAUCCGGUCCAACAUCCGCAAGCUCGACCGCGACAUCAGCCAAGUGAAGCAAGUGGAGACGAAGACGAAGAACCUGAUCAUCGCCGCGGACCGGCGGGGGCAGCGCAACCCGGCACAGGCGCGGCAGGCGCAGCGGGAGGCGCGCGACUUCGCCAAGGAGCUGAUCCGCGCGCGGCGGACGUCGAGCCGGCUGGUCACGUCCAAGGCGCAGCUGAGCUCCGUGCAGAUGCAGGUCAACGAGGCCUUCGCGGUGCGCAAGAUCGAGGGCAGCAUCCGCGCCAGCGUCGGCGUCAUGAAGGACGUCAACACCCUCAUCAAACUCCCCCAGCUCGCCGGCACCAUGCGCGAGCUUAGCGUCGAGCUCAUGAAGGCUGGUGUUAUUGAGGAGAUGGUCGGUGAGAGCCUCCCUGUCGACGAUGAUAUGCUCGAAGAUGACUUGGACGAGGCGGAGGGCGAGGUCGAUAAGGUGCUUGGUGAGAUUCUUAAGGGUAAGAUGGAGAAGGCGGGCCCGACGCCUGUGCCGCUGCCUGAGCAACCCCAGGAACAGCCCGUGGCGCUGGACGAGGAGGAAGAGGACCAGGAGGCGAUGAUGGAUCAGAUGAGGAACAGGCUGGAGGCUCUGAGGAGCUAGUUGAUCGAACGGGUUGUUUUGAUUCUAGAUCUUCAGGGAAGUUGUCUAGUUAUUGCUCGUAUCGGCGUUGGGGAGUAGCAUUCCCGGAUCACGAUCAUCAUCAUUGUUUUUAUUGUUAUCAUCAUUAUUGUUGGUUGGGUAGGAUUUUUAGUUUUUCAAGCAAGACAGACGGCUAAAGAAGCUCACGUAUAUACAAAUUACGACACUACUGGAUUAAUGUCAUUUCGAAAUAGACUUCACGCAUAAACUGGUUCCUGGGGAUUCUGAUAUAUCUUAUGUAUAUCCAU